GGAUCGGCUUCCCGUUGCCGCUCUGGGCGCUGGGUCCCGAGAGCUAGGCGAGCGGCGCGGCCGCGCUGGGCCGGGAAGGGCCGGGCAGGACUAGGGGCGCGGGAGUGCCAUGCCUGGGGCCAGGGCCGCCGCCUUUGUGCCCUGGCCGAAGCUGGUGCUGCUGCCCCUGUUGUUGCUGCUGUUCCACCGGACUCGGCCCCAGGGAAGCCUUGGGCCACUGCAGUGCUAUGGAGUCGGACCCUUGGGCGACUUAAACUGCUCGUGGGAGCCUCUUGGGGACCUGGGAACCCCCUCCACGCUCUACCUCCAGAGCCAGAAGUACCAUGCUAACAAAACCUGGAUUGUGGCAGUGCCCACGGGGCAGAGCUGGGUGACCAUUCCACGGGAACAGCUCACCACAGCGGACAAACUCCUUGUCUGGGCAGCCAAGGCAGGCCAGCCUCUCUGGACCCCAGUCUUCGUGAACCUCGAAACCCAAAUGAAGCCAGAUGCCCCCCGAUUGUACCCUGAUGUGGACUUCUCAGAGGAUGACCCCCUAGAGGCCAUUGUCCAGUGGGCCCCUCCUGUGUGGCCACCGCAUAAGGUCCUGGUCUGCCAGUUCCGCUACCGAAGAUGCCAGGAGACAGACUGGACCCUGCUGGAACCAGAAGUGAAGUCCAUACCCCUGACCCCUCUUGAGAUCCAGGACCUAGAGCUAGCCACUGUCUAUGAGAUGUCUGGCCGCUGCCAAGUGGAGAAAGAAGAGAAUUUGUGGGGCGAGUGGAGCCCCAUUCUGUCCUUCCAGACACCACCCUCUGGUCCGAAAGAUGUGUGGAUAUCAGGGAACAUCUGUGGGGCACCAGGCGGACAGGAACCCCUACUUCUGUGGAAGGCCUCAGGGCACUGUGUGCAGGUCAGCUAUAGAGUCUGGUUCCAGGUUAAAGAUCAGGAACUGACCCAGGAGGAGACUCCCUGCUGCAACUUCUCCAUCCCAACGCAGGCAGAGUGGGCUUGGGUGUCUGCCGUCAAUGCCACAAGCUGGGAGCCUCCUACCAACCUCUCUCUGGCUUGCUUGGGUCCAGACUUUGCCCCCCAUGGCGUGGAGGUCAGCAUCAUUGGGAGCAAAGAGCUGCUGGUGACUUGGCAUCAGGGGUCUGGAGGGCCUCAGGAGCAUGUGGUGGACUGGGCUCGAGAUGGAGACCCCUUGGAGGACCUCAGCUGGGUCCGGCUUCCUCCUGGGAACCUUAGCGCUGUGUUGCCAGGGAAUUUCACCAGAGGGGUCCCCUACCGAAUCACGGUGACAGCAGUCUCUCCUUGGGGCUUGGCCCCUGCCCCCUCAGUCUGGAAGUUCAGAGAGGAACUAGCACCUAUAGCAGGACCAGUGCUUUGGCGACUCCAGGAUGCCCCUCCAGGGACCCCUGUUGUAGCGUGGGGAGAGGUGCCAAGGUACCAGCUUCGGGGCCAUCUCACCCACUACACCCUGUGUGCGCAGAGUGAGACUGGGCCUUCGGUGUGUAUGAAUGUGAGUGGCAGCACCCGGACCAUCACCCUGCCUGACCUUCCCUGGGGUUCCUGCGAGCUGUGGGUGACUGCAUCCACCAUUGCAGGACAGGGCCCAUCUGGUCCAAGCCUCUGGCUUCACCUACAAGAUCACACCCUGAAGUGGAAAAUUCUGCCUGGUGUCCUGCUGUGGGUUUUGCUCCUGAUGGGCUGUAGCGUGAGCCUAGCCACCUCCGGAAGGUGCGUCCAUCUGAGGCAUAAGGUAUUACCUCACUGGGUCUGGGAGAAGGUUCCUGAUCCUGCCAACAGCAGUUUCAGCCUGCCCCCCAUGAAGGAGCUGCCCCAAGCCCAGCCUCCUGGGGACUCGCCCAUCCUGGAAGUGGAGGAGAUAGAGAAGGUACCGGUUACAGAGCCCCCCCAGGCCUCGGUCCCACUGGAUUCUGGGUAUGAGAAACACUUCCUGCCCACGCCUGAAGAGUUGGGCCUUCUGGGCCCCACCCCAGGCUCCAGGUUAUGGCCUGAAACCACGCCAGGUGGGGAGAGGGGUACUCACUUGACAGAUGAAGACACUGAAGCUCAGAGAGGCUGAGACAUUUGCCUGAGGACACUCAGCCAAGAAGAGCUGACAUUGAAGCACCCCUACAGAGAAGGGGCUAGGAGGGCUUGGCCCUAGAGAGAAUAUGUGGAUGGAUAAGGGAGCAAAGGAAAAUAUACGAAAUCCAGAGGAGGAGCUGCCUCCCCAAACCUGUCCUGCUGCUAUAACAGAACUGUAGUUCUGUGCACUCCCAGCCUUCCUCGCAGCUGGGUCCAACCAUGGACCGAGUUCUCACAUGUGGAACACAAGCAGAGAUGAUGUGUGCCAAGGCUGGGUCUAGGUGGGGGCCUCUCCACAUUCCCGUCCUUUUCCCAUGAGCUGGAGCAUGACUGUGCCUUGUGAUCCAGUUUUGGCCACACCCAAGGUGAAGGUGGAACAAGAAAUGGAAAGGAACCAGAGUUCCCAAAUGAUUACAUGAACAAGAAGUGCCUAAAGAAAUAAAUGUUUUAAUAUUUUGAUAGCUACUGUA